AUGCCUGGAGGUUCUGUCUUAGCAUCUGAGGAUCGUCCAGACCGGACUGUGUUGGGCCGUUGGACAGACACCCUCUGCGGGGAAGCUACACGGCUCAAUAGCUUUGAGCGUCAAGAGGCCACCGAGGUGUGGUCCUCCGGGGUCCAGAGACUCCCGGAAUUGGGGGCGGGGCCUCCCAGAGACCGAGCACUUCCGGCCGGCGCGAACGGGCGGCCUCCUCCCAUUCGCAAGUGCCCCAUUCAGGCUUUCCCUGGGCUCAGCUCCCAGAGUGCCACAGUAGGGGUGAGACUGGGAACUACUCAGUCUUUUCAGACUGAGUGGGAGUGUGAGAAAACUCCAGCCUCUCUCAGCUCCUGCAGUCGUGGAGAUGGGCUGGCCUCAGAUGGAAGGGCACUGAGGGGCCUCCUGAAGAGCCUUCCCGGCAUGUCUAAGUGUGGAGACAGCGUUGGCCAGGAAUGUACCUUGGAGCAGCCAGUAGGCUUGCCUCCAGGAGCCAUGCCCUGCUCUCAGAAAAGAGACACUUGGCACAUGGCAUUCUUGCCCCAGGGAGCCCCAGGGACAGAGGGUAGCGCCAAGAAGACUGCUGAAGUAGGCAGUAGUUUGGGUAGAGACUGACAGCAGAGGGACCCACAGGGCAUCAAGGCAUACCGCUGUGAGGCCUGUGAUAAGAGCUUCAAGUACAACUCUCUUCUACUACAGCGCCAGCGCAUCCACACGGGGAAGCCCUACGCCUGCCGCGAGUGCCGCAAGGGCUUCGGGAGCUGGUGGGGCUUCGUGCUGAACCUCCGCAUCCACACAGGCGAGAAGCCUUAUGAGUGGGGCCAGUGCGGCCAGGCCUUCAGCCAGAGCUCACACUUCACAGAGCACUUGCGCAUACACAAUGGUGAGAAGCCCUUCAAGUGUGGCGAAUGUGGUCACGCCUUCAGCCAGAGCUCCAACCUGGUGCGCCACCAGCGGCUGCACACUAGGGAAAAGCCGUAUGUCUGCAGCCAGUGUGGCAAGGCCUUCAUCUGGGGCUCGGUGCUCAUCGAACACCAGCUCAUUCACACUGGCGAGAAGCCCUACAGGUGUGAAGACUGCGGCAAGGCCUUCCGAGGACAGUCGCACUUACGGACCCACGCGGGUGAGACCUGCGACACCUGUGGCAAAGCUUCUGGCCAGAGCUAUCAGCUCACCCAGCACCAGAGGGUGCACUACCACGAGUAGCGCUCACCUCGAUAAACUUUGGGUAAACCUGCUCCUACCGAGUGAGAUGGGUAUGCUUUCUAGGGACACGGCAGGGCAUGUCCUGUGUCCAGGUGUAAUGGCCAAAGAAAUUCCAUUUCCUGGUAGGUAUUCAUUCAGCUUGGAACCCACUAGCCACUUCUCUCUGACUCCCGCUCCUGGAAGAGCCCAGUGACUCUGACUCAGUCACUCCCACUCAGAAGUGUACAGCCAGGACCAUCUACUUGUUAUGACUUCUUUGGCUUCUGUAACUUGCUUAUGCAGAUAUUCAAGGCCUAUUUUGAGGCCGCCCCUGACUACCUAACCUUGGCAGAGCAGCACAGCUCCUGGCUUGCUUGUGCAGACACCCAGUGUAGGUUUUCCCAUUACAAAUCCUGCCCUCACCCCUUUGCACAGCAGUCUUAGAGACUGGUGUCCUUCUAGUGGUUUCAAUAAAUUUAACUAACUAUAAU